CACCCUAUAUAUACAUUACCAAGCCAUUGCUUCUGCAACCAAAUCAGAAUUCACAUUUCUUCCUAUUUCCUUCCUGUGAGUGGCACAACAUCUUCUUUCAAGUCUUUCCUCUUGAAAAAAGUUUUCAUAUACAUAAUCAUGGGGAUCCGUUUGCCAGGGAAAAAAUUGCGGCGGUCUCUAUCUGGUCACAAAGAAGUAAAUUCAACACCCUUAGACGUUCCAAAGGGGUAUUUCCCAGUUUAUGUAGGAGAAAACCAAAAGAAGAGAUUCGUCGUUCCUCUGUCAUACUUAUCUCGGCCUUCAUUCCAGGACCUGCUGAGUCAAGCUGAGAAGGAGUUUGGCUUCGAUCAUCCAAUGGGAGGCCUCACGAUUCCAUGCAAUGAAGAAGUUUUCCUCAACCUCAUAGAAGGAUGAUCAAUCCUCACUAGGGAACUCCUAGAUAGAUUAGUCGAUACACUUGACACAAUUUGGUAAACAUAUUUUACAAACGGUGUUGAUCUUUUCCCUUCUUCUUUUAGGGAGCACCAGUUUAAGGAGAUAGAUAGAUGUACAACUGAAGAGCAAUUUAGAUCAAUAACAUUAAUGCUUAUGCAUAUGUGGAUAUCUGUUUUUCCUAGUGAUCGAUUCGUCCUUUUGGUAAUCACUUUGUGCUGAGAGCAAAGAAGUUCAGUCUCUGGUUAUCUACCU